CCGCUCGUCUUUAGGUUACACGGCCGACUGGAACCUCUCGACAACACAGCAACCCACAGCGGCUCACUCCAGAUAUCACCAACUACUUGGAAAUGCUAGAUCCAGCAACACCUGCCCAUCUUGACCCCUCUGCCCUCGGCACAAAAGAAUACUGGGACACGCUCUACGAAAAGGAACUCUCCAACCACGCCGACAACCCGUCUGACGAGGGCACCGUCUGGUUCGACGACUCGGACGCCGAGAACAAGAUUGUCUCGUUUCUCGACGAGCACGCCGAGUCUGACUUUGGCCUGGACCGGGAUACCGCGCGCGUGCUGGAUCUUGGAUGCGGUAACGGCAGUCUGUUGUUUGCGCUGCGAGAUGACGGAUGGCGCGGGGCACUGCUAGGCGUGGAUUACAGCGAGCGGAGUGUCGAGUUGGCAAGGAGGGUUGGUGUCUCGCGGGGUCUGGCCGUAGGGGAUCAAGAGGAGGAGGAAAGGGAGGUGGACUUCAAGGUGUGGGAUGUCCUCAGUGGACCGCUCAGCGACGUCCUGGCAUCGACAACAACAACAACAACCACAGAAACAACAGGUGGGGAGGGAAGUGAUGAAGCAAGCGAGACUGCGGCCGGGUGGGACCUGGUCCUCGACAAGGGCACCUUUGACGCAGUCUCCCUCAGCGGCGAGCGCGAUGCUCAGGGGCGAAGAAUCUGCGAAGGUUAUGGCGAAAGGGUGCUGCAGCUGCUUCGGAAGCGCGGCAUAUUCCUCGUGACGAGCUGCAACUGGACCGAGGCUGAGCUGCGCGAGUGGUUCGAGAGCAAGACGCAGGCCCCCGAAUCAGGGGCGCGGCUGAGGCUCGCAAGCAGGAUAGAGUACCCCAGCUUCAGCUUUGGCGGCGUCAAGGGGCAGACGAUUAGUACGCUGUGCUUUGAGAAGGUUGGGGGUAGGUAGCUGCGCUUUGGCCACUUUAAAAGACGAAAUAGAGGCUAUCCGGGGAUGGAUAAAUGAGAUGUGAUCAGCGCCAAAUGGAGGGAUCUAAUCGGCUGUCAACGUCUUUCUACUCCACUCUUAAGGCCUGUCCACUCUGGCCUGGAAUGCGCUGAGCCUAACGGCAAGAACGG